UCCCUCCCUCCCCCCCCCGCCGCCUCCCUCCCCGCCAUCAUGGCCGCCGAGAGCCCCUUGGAGAUCCUGCAGAGGGAGAUCACGUGCUCCAUCUGCCUGGGCUACUUCAAGGAGCCCGUGUCCAUCGACUGCGGCCACAACUUCUGCCAGGCGUGCAUCACGCAGUGCUGGGGCCGCUCGGACGACGACAACACCUCGUGCCCGCAGUGCCGCCGCUGGUCCCGCAAGAGGAGCUUCCGGCCCAACCGGGAGCUGGGCAACGUCGUGGAGGUGACCAAGCGGCUGCGGCUGGAGGCGGCCCACGCGCGGGGCGGCCAGCGGCUGUGCGACAAGCACCAGGAGCCCCUGAAGCUCUUCUGCGAGCAGGACGAGACCCCCGUCUGCGUCAUCUGCCGGGAGUCGCGGGCUCACAAGGCCCACCCCAUGCUGCCCAUCGAGGAGGCGGCUCAGGACUACAAGAAACGAGUUGCCACCCACAUGAAAGCUCUGAAGUACAGGAGAGAAAAGCUGAAGGAGUCUAAAGAAGACUUGGAGUGCCGAAGCCAGGCCGAUCAGGAUGACGUGCAAACUGAGAAGCAGAAAAUAGAGUCUGAGUUUAAUCGGAUGCACGACUUCUUGGAGAAGAUAGAGCGUUUCCUGAUUAUUAUGCUGAAGAAGUAUGACAAAGAGAUUGUGCAGCGGAGAGACGGGGAUGCGACCAAACUCUCAGAGGAGAUCGCUCAUUUGGAUACCUUGAUCACAGAUGUGGAGGAGAAAUGUCAACAGUCGGCAAGUGAAUUCCUGCAGGACAUCAGGAACAUUUUGAACAGGUGUCAGGAUGGACAGAUGCCACAGCUGGUGUCAGUUCCUUCUUCUCCAACUGACCUGGAAAAGAAACUUGGGCAUUUUAGUCUGAAAAAUAUUGUUAUCAAGGAGGCUCUGGAAAAAUGCCGAGUGACAAUGAUAUCUGAAUUGGCAAGAGCAAAGGAAGUGGAAACAGAAUCUAAAAAAGCCGUCAUAACUCUGGACCCCGACUCGGCUCAUCCCGUAUUUAUGGUGAGUGAAGACAGGAAGAGCGUGAAGCAGGGAACGGUGUGGCAGCAGCUGCCUGACACCCCUGAGAGAUUUGACACCACCACCAUCGUGCUGGGCUGCGAAAGAUUCACCUCGGGCAUCCACUACUGGGAAGUGGAAGUUGGGGACGGGCAAAACUGGGCUCUGGGUGUCUCCUUGGAGUGCGUGAAGAGGAAGGGAGCUAUCGCCAUGAGCCCUGAGCAGGGGGUCUGGGCUUUGGGGCUCUGUGGGGAUGAAUAUAAGGCUUUUACUUCGCCGGAGACACACCUCACCCUAGAUGAAACCCCAGAGAAAAUCCAGGUUUUUCUGCAUUAUGAGAGGGGUUGGGUGGCAUUUUUUGAUGCUGAUUAUAUGUCCCUGAUCUACAUUUUCCGGUCAGAUAAGUUCCUGGGAGAGAAAGUCUGUCCUUUCUUUAAAGUGUUUAGUCCUACUACAGAGCUGAAACUGUGUCCCUGAGGAGGGUUACCAGUUCCAGGGUGGGGCUUGGG